AUGGAUGAAGAAGCUGGCCUUGGCAGCGUCCGGGGCACUGCGAUAGGUGUCUAUGUGGAGAAACCCAACAAACCGGGAAAGGUUUUCAAGCUUCGAGAUGUUCGUACCCAUGGUACCAGCAAAGACUGGCCGACAGCCAGCAAAGAGAUGCCAUCGCGGCGAAGCUAUGGCAGCCAAGACUAUCCGCGAGCAGCGGAUGCUAGACGCUCUCGUGAUCCAUCGCCGCUUCCGACCCCAAGCACUUCCACCUUCCGGCCAAGAGGUCUGGAAACUCCAGACUCACGCCGUGUGGACUCAUCACCCGCGCGUGGGCGCUCCGGUUCACCACAACGACUGACCGUAGAGCCCAGAUUCCCGGAAGAGCGAAGCGUUCCUCGCUGGCAAGUGCACGCGGAUCGCAACGAAGAGGACUUGUAUCCACGUCACAGCACUAUCGAGUCCCGGCAGACUUCCUGCGACAGUUUGCGCUGGACUGCGAAUGUAGACCCGCGGCAAUCUAGCGCUGCCUUCGACGAUAGGCGUCAGCAAAGUCAGCACAGUCAGUACACAGGGAGCAGACGGCCAAGCGCAGACUACUACGGUGGCAUCGGUGCCUCAGCGGAGCUGGCAGAUUACCGAAGACCACCCGCGCCGGAGCCAGCGCCGGUGCCGGGCCCGCCAGUCACAGCGCCGCCUUCGAACGAUGACUUCCGAAGUUGGCUUGCUGGCUUGUUGGAAUCGGAGCGGGAGGUGGUGCAUGAGGUCAUCAAGGGGCGGCACAUUGAGAUCCUUAGCCAGGUCAAUCUCAAGCUCGACAGCAUGGGAAAGCCCGCAGCGCCAAGCGACAUGCCAAAGCCUUUGCGGGUGACGCCAGCACCGCAACAGAAGGGCUUGGGGUCGCAGCCGCAUUUGCCGGGAGUCUUAGUGUUGCGCGAAGAUUGGGCAGCUGGAGCGAAAGACCCCGAGACGGGCCUCAGUGCAAAAAAGGUUUCUGUGACGGACGACACUGACGCAAGGUCGCUUGGUCCGGAUGACGUGCCGGUUAUGGCGAUGUCGAGUUUGCCACCGCCAGAAAGAUCCAUAGCCUUCAGUGAGCCGGAUUUAAGAAGAACGAAGUCCGCGGGAUCGCUUGGCAGAUCAGAUACGCUUGAUGCCAAGAGCAAGGGAGCUGUUAGCGUUGCAAGCAGCCGCAUGACGCAGACCAUUCCUCAUCUUCGGAAGAACAGCCUCUUGGAGGGGCUCAAAGAGCUUCCGUUUUGGCAUCCAGGACGAUACGUGCACACGACGCAGUUCGACGCAAUUUUCUGCGGCGUCAUUUUAGCGAACACCGUCGUGAUGGCGCUGCAGAUGCAGUACAAUGGCCUUCGUCGUGGCUACCUAUUGGGUGCUCCACAUUUCAACUACGAUGCCAGUGACUACUGGCCGCAAGCGCCGGUGAUCUUCACAUUCUUGGAUUGGGUAUUUGGCAUCGUGUAUUGCUUAGAGAUGAUUGUCAAGCUCAUUGGUUUCAAGAAGCGUUUCUUCCAGGAAUGGUGGAAUUGGUUCGACGGGGCGAUUGUGCUGAUGUGGCUAGUAGAAGUUUCGCUCCAGUCCGUUGUUGCGCUGGACCCUGCGUUUCUCCGAAUGAUGCGAAUGGCUCGACUCCUUCGGCUCAUUCGACUAGUCAAGACAAUUCAAGGCUUCAAUGCGCUGUACAUCAUGACGACGGCUAUGAUGGGAAGCGCAACAUGCUUGUUUUGGUCCUUCAUGUUGCUGACCACAGUGCAAAUGAUGAUCGCGUUCUUCCUGAAUGAGAGUUUGGAGGUUUACUUCACAGAUGACACCAAGCCUGCAUCCGAGAAGCUGGAAGUUUUCGAGUACUUUGGGACGACUGCACGGGUCAUGCUCACCAUGUUCGAACUGACCCUGGCGAACUGGCCAACAGCUGCCCGAAUAUUGCAGGAGAAUGUCACAGAGUGGUAUUCUAUUUUCUCGGUUGCUUACAAGCUGAUCGUCGGCUUUGCGGCGGUUGGAAUCAUCAAUGGUGUCUUCAUGCAAGAGACCUUCAAAGUGGCAGCAUCAGAUGACAAGCUGAUGAUGCGUCAGAAGGAGCGAGAUCGGUCUCUACACACCAAAAAGAUGAGAACUCUCUUCGCAGCGGCUGAUGAGUCGGGAGACGGCUUCAUUGACCGAGAGGAGUUCUGCGAAAUUAUGAACAUCCCGGAAGUCAGGACCUGGUUGGCGGCUCAGGAGCUUCCCGUUCGUGACCCAAAUGUGUUGUUCAGUUUGCUUGAUGAUGGCGAUGCCGAGCUCACCGCGGAAGAGCUAGUCAAGGGCGUCGAGCGCCUGAAAGGAACUGCCAAAGGCAUUGACCUUGCUGCGUUCAUAGCCGAGUAUCGCGACUUCGCCUCAAAGGUCGCGGAAAAAUUGGACUUAACGCUGGAGUACCCGAUAAAGACUGACGAUGAGGAUGACGACGACGACGGGUAG